AUGACUUCACAACCUGAUGAUCGCUUCGAUGGUGGGCUUGUGUCCCCGCAAUGGGGCUGUGCGUACAUAUCUCGACCUAUCAACUCGCGUCGCGCCGCCUUCUCAGCUCGACUGUGGCGCAGAUCCUCGGACAAAGCGACAUUUUACGAGGACCUGCAUUUCCCUGCAUCUUAUAAGCUUGUCCUUGCCCCUGCCUCGGUUGCAGAUGAUCCCCACCAUAUCACUGGGUACGUCAUGGCAGCCCCAGGCUGA